UGCUCGUCCUUUCCAGAAAGUUUGACUGCUGGGAGAAUCAUUCUGACAAUUUCCUGUGCUGUCAGCUCCAUAGAAUUCAGUUUCUGAGAACCAGCCAGAGGCAUGCAGUGACAUUGCGUAACCACCUCUGAAGUCGGAGAUAUCAGCCGUGGAGCUCAAAGGAGCCGUUUCACACCAGCAACAUGAAAGGAGCUAGCAUCACGGAGGGGGCGCCCAAGAUGCUCUUGGCCAGGGCACUUUAUGACAACCACCCCGACUGCGCCGAUGAGCUGGCUUUCUGCAGAGGAGACAUCCUGACCAUUCUGGAACAAAAUGUGCCAGAAAGCGAGGGCUGGUGGAAGUGUUUGCUUCACGGGAGGCAAGGCCUGGCCCCCGCCAACCGCCUUGAAAUCCUCGUGGAGGCCCCCGCCGACAGGCCCUGUCCCCCUUUCCUGAGAGGCCCGGAAGAUGCUUCCACCAGCUCCCGGGAGACCCAUGAAGCGCCCGCCGUGCUCAAGCCCUCAUCUCCAGGCCCUGUGUACGAGCAGAUGAAGACCUGGGUGGAGGGGCCUCCGCCUCCCACAAUCCAAGUCUAUGAAGUCCCUGACCCACCUGCCAGCGCCAGAAUCGUCUGUGAAAAGACUCUAAGCUUUCCAAAGCAGGCCCUCUUCACAAUUCCCAGACCUGCUCGGACCUCGUUGCCAGCUCUGCCUUGCCAGGUGUACGAUGUGCCUGCCCAGAGCCGCUGCCUCCCAGCCCUAAAGGAGCCAGGGAAGCAGCAGCAGCUAUAUGACAUCCCCGCCAGCCCCCCAAAAGCAGCACUUGGUCCCCCUGCUAGCCAACCAAACGGGCAGAGUGUUCCCCUGAUGUCAAGCAUUGCCUUAAGGAGAGGCAGCUGCAACAUGUUGCCAAGCCCUCAGAAAUCCGAAUGGAUUUAUGACACGCCAGUGUCUCCGGAAAAGGCUGAUGUAAGAAACGCAUCUCUAAGCAGCUUUGUGGAAAAAUCAGGGCACCGUGCUCUCCCCAGGUACAUGUCCAGUUUUCACAGCCCUCAGAACAGCAGAGCAAGGACCCUCAGUCCACACCCGUGGAAAAAUGUGCCCAUGCAGAAAAAACUCAGCCUUCCAGAGAUUCCUUCUUAUAGCUUUCCACCACCCAGGGAUGCAUUCCCUUUGGAUGAAGGUGUCAGCUACAAGGUCCCUUCGAGCUUUCUGAUCUCCCGAGUGGAACAGCAGAACACCAAGCUGAACAUUUACGACAUCCCUAAAGCAAUGCCCAGUGUCCCCCAUGCUGGGAAAGAGCUGGGAAAAGCCGAUGGGCCUUCAGAGAAUUCCAUGGACCAUAAUUCCUCGUGGUUCUCCGGACGGGUAGCAUCGCUGUCUCCUGAACCAGACGGCUUAUCCGUUUCCAGUUCUGACAGCAGAGCCAGUGUCCUUUCCUCCUGCUCCUCCACGUCUAGCCACUCUUCUAGCUCCUUCUCAGAGGAGUCAGCCAAAGAGCUCCCCUUGGACCUGGACUUGGCCAAAGAGACAGUCACAGCUCUGCAGCACAAGGUGGACAACUCUGUCGCGGGCCUGAUGCUCUUUGUCAGUAGGCAAUGGAGGUUCAGAGGCUACCUGGAGGCCAAUAUCCACGCGAUCCGCAGGGCUGCCGACCGCAUAGAGGAAUCCUUGAGAGAAUUUCUGGAUUUCGCCUGCGGCGUCCGUGGGACCGCCUGUAACCUCACCGACAGUAAACUCCAGGCCAAAAUUAGGGAUCAGCUACAGACAAUCUCCAACUCCUACCAAAUCCUGCUUGAAACAAAGGAAAGUCUGGAGAGCUGCGAUUGGUCCCUGGAAGUCCUUGUGACCAACAAAGUCCAAAACAGCCUGGAUGACCUGGAGAGAUUUGUCCUGACGGCGCGGAUGGUUCCAGAAGACAUCAAGAGGUUCGCCUCCCUUGUCAUUGCCAAUGGGAGACUCCUUUUCAAGCCAAACUGUGAAAAGGAAGACCCCGUGCAAUUGACUCCAAAUGCAGAAUUUAAGCUUGCAAAAUCCAUCCGGCUUCCCCAAAAGGAGACUGAAUCAUACCAAAGGAAUGCUCCUUUUCAGAAACAAAGGGAAAGCGAACACCCUCCUGAACUAUUAAAGAAACAUAGGACAAAUGUUUGUGAACAGGAGUUGCCUAGCCUAGAAGAGAAAGAAAAACCCAUCUUGGAACAAAGGUUGGAUGAAAACAAAGACUUAGAAACACAGAACCCUAGCUCUCUUAGCCCCCGAGCUUUGAGUCAGCAGAACCCUGAGAAGAAAAUCCCCCUUUCUGAACACUGCCGCCUCUAUUUCGGGGCGCUCUUCAAAGCCAUCGGCGUGUUGCACAGCAGUCUCGGCAAAAGCCAGCCCCCCGAGAUCUUCAUCACGCAGAGCAAGCUGGUCAUCAUGGUCGGGCAGAAGCUGGUGGACAAGCUGUGCCAGGAGACCCAGGAGAGGGACAUGCGCAACGAGAUCUUGCGCGGCAGCAGCUGCCUCUGCAGCCUGCUCAAGGACCUGGCGCUGGCCACCAAGCACGCCGUACUCCAGCAUCCCAGCCCCACCGCCUUGCGGCACCUCCAGGCCGAGGUCAAGAAGCUGGAGCGUCACACGCAGCAAUUCAGGGGGACAUUGGCAUGAGCCUCCUUCCUCCCUCCUCUCCCUGUUAACCUCUUCGCUUCAGCUUCACACCUGCAACCUGUGCAAGUCUGUGCUCUGGGAAAAGCCAGCCUGGGGAUACAUCAAGGGGUGGCAACAGCCGUGGUGCCCAAACCCCGUAUUACCAAGUGGCUGAGCAACCCCAGGACGUUGGCUUAUCCCACAGAGAGUCAGGGAAGAGAAUCAGGUGUGAACUAAGGACCAACGUUUUUAGCCUAUCAUGUAGGGCCAGUGUGUGAAAUGAAGUUAUAGAAAUCAAUUUUUAUAUUGGCUAAAUGUGCGCCUGUUUUAAACUCAUUCAUUCAGUACUUACUUAUUGGGUACCUAUUAUACGUCAGAUUCUAGGAGCUGGGCAUAUAGCACUGAAUCAGACUGAGGCUUUGCCCUCAAGGAGCUUACAGUCUAAUGGGGAGACAGACAAAUGAUGAAGAAGUACAUACACAAUGUAUUAGGUGCUAGGGAGAAAAUAAGUAGGAGAAGCAGGGAGAGAUUAUUUUCAAACGAUUAAUUUCUGCUGCAUCUGC